ACCACCCAGUAAGAACGUACUGCGCUCUUGUUUCUCUUGAAAAAAGUCGCUGUGAUAUGGGGGCUUUCUUUUAUUAUUUGCUAGCUCUGGCAGCCUUUGCUGCAGUAGGAGUAGAUUCUCAGUGCACAGAGAACUUGACUCGUGUUGUGUGGGGAGAUGGCCCGUGGGAGGGCAACCUUCAGGUGUGCAUUGGUGGGGUAUGGGGCUGGAUAUGUCAGAAUGGCUUUGGAACCCCUGAUGCCCAAGUAGCUUGCAAGGAGUUAGGAUACACAGCUCCAGGAGCUUACUAUCGUGUCUGGUCCUAUUAUGGUGUUGGUAAUAACUCUGUACCUAUACAUCUGGAUAGACUCAACUGUGUUGGGACUGAAACAAAGCUAAUGCAAUGCAGUCGAUCAAUUGGGAUUGGACAAAGUAACUGUGGAUACAACCAAAUUGCUGGUGUAGCCUGUGCAAGUGGUGGUACUUGCUCUAAUGGAGCCAUUCGUAAAAUCAGAAAUAGCAAUGGGACUCCAUAUCGUGGAGGAGGUCGUGUUGAAGUGUGCAGUGGAGGAGUGUGGGGGUCGGUCUGUGAUGAUUAUUUUGGCUGGGUUGAUGCUAAAGUGGCCUGCGUUUCACUAGGAUAUAGUGGCAGCCUUUUAGGCUAUUCUUGUUGUGCCAGAUAUUACGGUCAAGGAUAUGGUAGUAUUUUUCUUGAUAACUUGCAUUGUUCUGGAAACGAAGCUAGUCUCUUUUCAUGCCCUCACAACGGAGUUGGUAACCACAACUGUGGUCACAAUGAAGAUUCUGGUAUCCACUGCAUAGGAGUCUUUAAACCAAAUACCUGUACUAAUGGUGAUGUAGCUCUUUGGCGUCCUAGUGAUGGUCCAGAAUAUUACGGAUUAGCCUUGUAUUGUAAGAGCAACAGGUGGAUUGGAGUCUGUGAUGAUAGCUUUACCUGCCACACUGCUAGACUCUUCUGCCAACAGUUAGGGUUUGCUGGAGCACUGUUUACAAGAUCAGAGGGCUACUGGGGCCUGUAUUAUUAUCAAGGAGAUGGUGUGGAUCAUUAUGCCUGGUCCUGCAACUCUGGACACAAGUCUCUAUCACAGUGCAGCUAUUCUUAUCAUUCAAACUGUUAUCAUAAUCAUGAUCAGUUUGGUAUUGCUUGCUAUCCUAAUGUACAAGGGAGUCAGUGUACCAAUGGUGAUGUUCAAUUGCAAGAUGGCACAAACUCUACUAAUGGCCGUGCAAUGUAUUGCUUUGAGGGCUACUGGACUCCUCUAUGCUCAAUUUCUGCUUCCACUGCAUCAGCAAUUUGCAAAACUCUUGGAUUCACUUCACCUUAUGCUAUUGUCUAUACUGAUGAGAGAUUUGGUACAAGUGAGAGGAGAAGCGGAUUGAAUUAUCUCAAUUGUCCAGCUGGUGCUACCAACAUUAGCUCUCAGUGCACUGCAGUCUACAAGACAUGGAGUGGUGGCUGUUACAUCAGUUAUGGAAAGUGUGGCAAGGAGGCUGGUAUACAAUGCUUCAAUGCAUCACAGGACUGCACUGAUGGCAGUGUUAGGUUAGUCAAUGGUGUACUAGAGCAGGAAGGCAGAGUUGAAGUGUGCAGCUAUGGACUGUGGGGGACAGUCUGUCAAGGUGACUGGAAUGCUAUUGAUGCUUAUAUAGUCUGCAAUCAACUUGGAUACACUGGAACAGGACCUCUCUCAUAUUAUAACUCAAAGUUUGGUGUUGCCAGUCAUCUCCCUACAGUAUACAAUAAUGUGAAGUGUGUUGGUUGGGAAAAAUCCAUUACUGAGUGCACAAAGAAUGUAUAUCCUGCAGGAUCUUGUUCUCAAUCUCAGACUGCCAGUGUUGUAUGCAAAGAAGGUUGCAGGGAUGGUGAAGUCAGGCUUCUUGGAGGUGGUUUUGAGAAUGAAGGAACAGUCCAGAUCUGUUAUGGUGGUCUCUGGGGUCUUGUGUCUGAUAAUCAAUGGGACGUGAAUGAUGCCAAUGUUGUAUGCUAUCAGCUUGGGUUUGGAGGAGGAAAUGCAUUGGCAAUUCUUAAUAAUCAAUAUGGUAAACCCAACAUGACCAUUCACAUCAGAAACGUGGCAUGUCUUGGAAAUGAAACCUUCCUUGACAACUGCACUAAGAUAAAAAACUCACUGUCAAGUGGCUCAUCACAACUAGCCAGCACCAGUGUGGCUGGGGUGGACUGUCUUUUUGAUACUCCAACUGAUCCUCCUUGUAUCCAGAGACCUGUUCUUUAUGAUUCUUUUGGUUCUGAAUGUACUAAUGGAUCUGUGAGACUGCAGGGUGGAUCAUCAUCUGAGGGUAGAGUAGAGUACUGUCACAAUGGCUAUUGGUCACCAUUCUGUAAGAUGGACCCUAUGGUAGCUAAAGUGGCUUGUAUGCAAUUGGGAUUCACACAAUAUUCAUGGGGUGCUAUUCUAGAGGGUGGAGAGUUUGUUAGUGGAAGGAACAUUAGUUUAUUUGAUAAUAUAACUUGCACUGGAUCAGAGACUUCACUAUCUCAAUGUGCAGUUGCUGAAAACACUGACUGCACUCCUUUCUGUCGGUAUAAUCUUGGACUAAGGUGCUUCAAUCCUGGCUCCUGUACUAAUGGAGCACUGAGACUAGCUGAUGGUGUCAUUGAUAAUGAGGGAAGAGUAGAAGUGUGUGUUAAUGGAGUAUGGGGAGCUGUCUGUGAUCAAGGAUUUGAUGUAACUGAUGCUCAUGUUGUAUGCCAACAACUGGGUCACCCUGAACUAGAGCCUAUUGUUUUUGCUAAUUCUGCAUUUGGUCCUGGUCAGUAUCCAAUAGUGUACAAUGAUGUGGCUUGUGGUGGAUAUGAGAAUUCACUCAGUGACUGUAACAAGCAGACCUACACCGCCUGCUCUAGAUACAACACUGCUGGAGUGCUUUGUGGAUAUGAUUGUCGUGAUGGUGAUGUGCGUCUAGUUGGUGGUAGUGUGGCUAAUGAAGGAACUGUUGAAAUAUGUUUUAAUAAUCUCUGGGGUACUGUCAAUGAGGCUGGCUGGGGAGAUGAUGCAGCUGGCAUACUUUGCUAUCAAUUAGGAUUUGAAAAAGAAGGUAGUCAAGCUUCCUCUGAUUUCCCCAAGCCAUCACUGACAGUUCACUAUGGUGACUUCUCCUGCACUGGGUCUGAGAUGUCAAUCACUGACUGUUCAUAUACAACAUACUCACUGUAUGAAGGGAAGUCUAUUUCACAGCAGGCAACAGCAGUGGGUGGUGUUAGAUGCAAUCGUUGUUCAGUACCAGUUCCCCCCACUAAUAAUGAUGGAUGCUCUGAUGGUGAGCUUAGACUGACUGGAGGUCAGGAAAGUGGAGUACAAGAAGGAAGACUGCAGUAUUGUGUUCAGGGAUCCUGGUCUGACUUCUGCUAUCUUGGAUCCAAUGAAGCUAGUGUAGCAUGUAGGCAGCUUGGAUUUGCUGAUAUUGAUGUAUCUGUUGUCUUCACUGAUGGAAGGUUUGGUAGUGGUGCUACUACUAGUCUCUUUACUCAUUUCAAUUGCUCUCAGGGUGUAUCACAAUUCCUUGAGUGUCAACUUGAUUCAUGUCCUUCAACAUGUCCACAGGCACUAGGACUUAGGUGUUAUGAGGAGACUAAUUGUGCUGAAGGAGAGACAAGGCUAGUUGGAGGAUCAUUUGAUACUGAAGGAAGAGUUGAAGUUUGUCAUAAAGGAAUUUGGGGCUCGGUCUGUGCCACUGGAUUUGAUACAACUGAUGCUCAUGUGGCUUGCAAGGAAGUUGGAGUGGGACCAUCAGAGCCGAUUGUGUACAAUAAUUCUUAUUUUGGUGAUGGAGAUGUUGCUAUUGUUCUGUCUGACCUUCAAUGCAAUGGAUACGAGAGGAGUAUUGUCGAUUGUAAUCCAAAGGAGUUUGGAUCAUUUGAAUGUUCACGUAGUGCUGUAGUGGGCGUGAGGUGUCAAGACAGGUGCUCAACUGGAGAUGUUCAGUUGGUUAAUGACAGAAACUUAACAAGUGAGGGGACAGUCCUUGUAUGCUACGACAAUACCUGGGGUCUCAUUACGGACAAUGACUGGGGCAAACAAAAUGCUGAUGUUGUCUGCAAGCAACUUUAUUAUACCAAUGGAGGUGAAGCUGUGCUUGGUUCAUACUAUGGCAAACCAAAUAAAACAAUCAUUUACAAUAACGUAGCCUGCACUGGGAGCGAGUCCAGUAUUGUUGAUUGUACCAAUGACCCAUUGUCAGUUGAUGAUGCAAGGGCUAUAUUUGCAAGUGUCAAUGUUGCUGGUGUGAGAUGUGCAAUGAAUACCACGUCACCUCCAACCGAUCUGCUGUCAGGAAGUGUAUCUUCUACCAGUGCUUCUGUUGGUUUAGCCAUUGCUCUCAUUAUACUGAUAGCAUCAAUCGUGAUCACAGUCAUUUUGAUUAUUUAUGUCCUCUUUAAGAAGAGCAGGGUGGGUAAAUCCACUGUGAUGAGACAGUCUAGAGUGAUGAUGUCUGGUGUUGAGAAUCCUGGUGCUGGUCUAGAAGAUGAUGAUGAUGAGUUCAAUACUGCAGAAAAGGAAGCAUACCUGAGAGAGUUCAAAUAAACUUUUAUAUACACAUAGUAUAUAUACAUCCACACACAUAUAUAUGCAUAGUAGAUCAAGCUAUAGCUGCUGCCAUUUAUAACGAUUAUUGUUUUUUAUGAGCUAUUUUUAUAUUUA